AUGGCGGCGGCGAGCAACAAGAGGGUUCAGUUUGGAGAUCGCGUGAUCCAGAUUGGCCAGUGGCGGUUGGGUGACGUGGAUGGGAAUCAUUUCAGCAUCUCCCAUUCAAGCUUGAAGACCCUGGUUAUCUAUCGAUCCAACAGCGCCAAUGAUCCACAUCCCGUGCAUGAGGGGGCUCGCCCGGAGUGGGGUAUGUGGGGGGGUGUGGCGUCCCGGAAUCCCCCGAUGGAUCAAUCCAUGGGAGUCAGCUUUGGUGACCGCUUCAUCCAGAUUGGUAAUUUCCGGCUCGGGGACGUGGAUGGCAAGCACUUCUCCGUGGCACACGCUGGGACCGGCAAGACCCUCAUGGUCUUCCAGAGCGACGGUCACCACGGACAUCACCAUUGCCCUCGCGAUGAUUUCACCACCUUGGGCCGACGGAUGGAGCAGUGCCAGGAUGCUUUGGACACCCGUCACGGCCGUGAAGUUCACGCAGGCAAGGACGAUCUCAGUUUGGAGAACGUCAACGAGUCACUUUCCAACGCUCUGGUCCUUCGCUCCUCGCGUGUGUCAGAGGAGAGCAAUUUUUCCAAUCAGGACCUGGACGCAGUUGUGUCCGCUAAGAUCUUCCACGAUAUCGGCGAUGGACUCGCCAAGGUUGGCAACACGCUGAAAGCGGUGGGCAUGAAAGCCGGGGAGGCUGCCGGCAACGCUGCGAUGGUGGUUGGGAACCAUGUCAUCGAAGCUGCCAAGGCCAAGUUGGACCUUUUGCCAUUUGACGUCGAGCAACUGGCCAACCAGCUGGGCGGUAUCGCGAAGGGCAUGGCUAAUGGCAUCAAGGACUUCGGGAAGACGCUUGAGAAGGGCGUCGUUAAUCUGGCCGACGAUGCCCUGAAGCAUGCGCAGCACUUCGCCGAGCAAGGAGUAACGCUGGCUACCCGAGUCGGCGAUAAGAUUGCCAUGGAAGUCGCCAGCAAAGCCCGGUGGCUGGGAGGCACCGGAGGGUUUAGGGUUUAG